AUGUUUGGAGGAUGCUUGGACUAUGGGAUGGGAGGAAAGAGUGCUACAGGUCUUUUAACCCUUCAGGUUGAGUCUCCAAUGCAACAUGUGGUGUCAAACUCCACUUUUACAUGCACAACCCUGGCUUAAGCAAUGGGUUACUAAACCUUAACCUCACUCUCUCUUAUAGGUAGCAGAUCAUCAUUUUUACUGCAACAUUCCCACGCAGACACCAUCAUGACGUUUUUUUUAUUAUCAAUAACUUGGAGUUCAUCAGGGGUCCUGGUCAAAUAUCCACAUCAUUUGCAUACUAUGAUAUAAAUAUGACUGCAUUUAUUUUAUUUGUGUGUUGGUCUGUGAAUGGCAUUAAUGGUCAACAUCUGGCUCUUUAAUGGAUACAUUUAAUUUGAAUGAGCCUUGAACUUGUAAACAUGCAAUAAUUAGUGUAAUAGGCACACCACCAGCAGUCUGACCUCAGUGCAAAGCGACAUGUAAGAUAGAAAAUAAGGGUGCACCACUUUAAACAUUAAAUCUUCAUAAAUAUAAAAAGAUUGAGCAUAUCAGAAAUUACAUAUAUAUCACGGUAUGAAGCCAAUACAAUUAACAGUUAGAAUUACAGCAAAAUAAUUUUAGUAGAAACAUCAUGUACUGGAUAAUAAACAAUUUCAGAAAUCCAUUCCACUAAAGUGUCAGCUAUAGUUGAUGUCAAAGCGAAACUGACAAAAGUUCUGAAGCCAAAAUUUUGGAAAGAGGCAGCACAGGACAUCAAAUAAUGGCCUAGCUAGUAAAAUGUAAAAGAUAUUUGCAGACCUUGUUAUUUGCAGGUUUCAUAUUUAUUGCUGAUAGUUCUACUUUAAUUAUCUUAUCAAUACCCAUUGUACAGCGCUACGGAAUUUGUUGGCGCUAUAUAAAUAAUAAAUUAAUAAUAAUAAUAAUCAUGUACUUGUGUGCAAAUGUCAUAAUACAGAUUGAUGAUUUUUUUUAAAUAAAAAUUUAUGGUAUGCAGUGAUUUUUCUACAUUUAAUUACUUGUGAACAUGCCACCUUGUGUGUUCUCAGAAAUACUGUCAACUAUUUUACCCUUAACAUAAUCCCAUUUAAUAUAAGGCAUAUAACAGAACAACAAAAUUCUGCCUAAGCCACUGCCUGUACUGCUACAUACAGUACCUAUACAUAUGCAAUAUACUGAAAGACACUACAAGCGCCAAAACAACUUUAGCUACAUGGAGUAGUUUAGGUAUAUAGAUCAUGCCCCUGCAGUCUAACUGCUCAAUUUUCUACUUCAGAGGAGUUAAAUCACUUUGUUUAUGCAGCCUUAGUCACACCUCCCAUGUAUGUGACCUACACAGUCUAUUUCCUGUGAAGUGAGAUCUAAUGUUUAAACUUCCUUUAUAGAAUAGUCUGUUUAAUUUAAAAUGUGUUAUUCCCUGCUCUGCUAAUACAAGCAUAUAUUUUUUUUUUUGGGGGGGUGGGGGUGGGGUGGACCUUGGGUGAGUUCCCACACUUUUUCCCCAGGACUUGACCCCUGUCUUUUAUGAUAUAUAAUCUAUGUUCUUCUGUUACCCAGUCUCCAUACGUCAGAUAUAGUGUAUCCAUCCAUGCCUUUUUAAGUUUCACUGACUGGGUGCAAUACUAGGCCUGAUUUAAUACCAUGCAUUAUAGGAAUGCUGGGCACAGUGAAAGAGGGUUCAAAUAGCAAUGUUACCAUGGGGACCAGGACAAAUUGCCAGAUUGAAAGAGCGUGGAUUGCAGAUAAGCUGGGGAGAAGAUUUAAGAAAUUUCCAUAGAAAGAAUUCUAGAAGUCAUCAUGCCCAAUCUCCAAUUUUGGAUUUCCUUUCCAUUUACACAAGAUCCACUCAAUUUUAAAAAGGAAAAAUUGCCAUUAAUGGGACAAAUGUUAGUGUAGCUGGGUGCAUGAUAACCAUCAUUCUUAGUGUAGUAGUACUAUAAGACAGGAAUAGCCUUUGGUUAACUCUGUAUAUAGAUAAAAACAGUGGGAAUCAAACAGAAUCUUCAUAAUAAAAUGUAUCUUUAAUCACCUCCUAAAGUAUUAUUUCCAAAUUAUGUUUGAGGUGAAUAUUUGCUCAAAAGGAAACAAAAAUGGAAAAACAAGGAGUUCAACUAAUUGAAGGUUAUGCAGCAUGAAUGCACACCCUCCAUAAUAAUUUUGUGAGUUAUUUGGAGAAGUCAUACUCACCCACCCCACCCAACACCCCCAUCCUGAUAAUCUCUGGAAUAUACACACUAUAGGGUUCAUGCAAGAUAGAUUAGGAGCUUCAAAAAUGAAUAAUUUGGGGUAAAAAGAAAUACCAAUAUGUGAAGAAGUAUUGGAUAGUUUUAGGUCAACAACACAAUAUAUGAGAUUUAUAGCAGGUUACAGCUGGUAGAAUAGUAUGGUUUAAUAUUUAGGCAGGUUAUAGAAUAAAAGGUUAUUUUAAAGCCAGUUGGUUGUCUUUACCACAUAGUUAAUUAUUGGGGUUAUAGUUUUAAAUAUAUAUUUAACUUUAUCUUUAUCCUAAACAGAAAAAUAAGAUUGGUGGGAUAACAAAAAUUGCAUAUUUUUUAUGCAGACUUGGUGACUUUUGGUUAAUAAGGAAAGGUUUGUUUAGUGAUUUACACAAUAUAUUGCAUUGUUAAGGACAAUCAAUUUGACGUCAAAUGUAUAUAUUGAGAAACUAUAGUAUAGACCAAUUUCUAAUCAUAAAAUCUAAUAGCAGAAACACAAUAAUAUUGCAUCUUUCAACCUCCACAGUGAUCAUGUGCAACUUUGCCCAUAAAAAAACUUGAUGAAUAAGGUCUCAGAAAGAGAGGUGCUGGAUUUUUUUAAAGUUAAAAGCUAACUUUUAAGCUUGCUAAAACCUUACUUUUAAGCUUGCUACACACACACACACACACACACACGAUAAAGAAUUUUUUUUUACAUUGAAUAUUAUGAUUUUCCCGCUCCUAGACUAUUUCAUUUAAGUUUCCCUCCACAAGGUUUAUGCGAUUUCUUUAAAAUGUUUGCUUAAAAAGGUAAUUCUAAUGCUAAUAAUGCUAACAGAACAGAUACUGCAGUGUGAUACUCCACCCACUGCUUAAACACUGACCAAUAGAAAUCUUCACACCUAUUAACAUGACAAAGGCUAUUGGUGGGAUACUCAAUUUGCAUUUAAUUCAGGGAGGGGUUUAUGGUUUAGUCAGGGCAGUUUUCCUAUAAAAGACCAUUAGCAGGCUUACAGCCUUCAGAAUUUGUCUUCUUGUUGAUUUAGCAGGAACCUCUUGAAGACAUUGGACUGUAGGAGACAACUUCCACCUGUUGAACUUUCGAAAGAUCACUUUUUCAAUAUUCCAAAGUGAUAUCUCAACCCAGAGUUGAUAGUAAUAUUGUAAAGGUAAGAUCUACACUUCCUUAUAACCUGAUACAGUAUGUUUGAAUGGAGUGGGAUUAUUUUAUUUUAUUUUUUUUAACACAUCAUGGUGACAUAGAUAAGUUGCAAAGAGUAGGUUAGAAUAGUAGAGAUGGAAACGGUCUACAGCUCCUCUAGUUUGAAAUUUGGUUAUUUUGCUAUACAACAAAAUUUGUUUAAAGAAACUAAAACGUUCUAUUUCAGUAUUCGGUUAAACAAUUAGAUGUUCAGGAAAUAAAAUGUACAUGAUAAUUAUUCCUGUUGGAUGAAUAACAUUUGGUUCUCUGUGUAUGUUGGACUAAAUUUCACGUAAGUCUCAAUCACGCUAUAGGUUGACUUAGAGUUUUAGUACACAGUAGGUGGAGAGAGAUGUUUUAAUGUGUAGAUUGGUUUGUGAGACUGGUUCUGUCCUUUAAUUCAUAGCAUAUAAUUCAUUUGGGGUUAGUCAGGACACUCUGGAUCUGGAAUAUUAAGGGGAUUUCUGUACGUUGGCUCAAUCUAAUUUGGUUAAAAAAAUUUAAUCUAUUUAAUACCGUUUAAUUAUACACUAUAAAUAUACAAUUUGGAUUAAAAAAAAAAAUCUAUAAAGUUCUACCUACUUUUACAUUUAAGGUCUUGAUUAUAUUAUACACAGUCCAUCUGUUAUAUACAGUUUCUCAAAUUGUAUUAAAUAUUCAUCAGGGCUAUUAACACACCCUAUAAAUGCAUUUUGCUGUCUUUUUACCACUUUCUUUUUACCAUUUUCUGGAGGAAGAUCUCUCCCUGGAUCCACUCUGAAGAACUGGUCUUUUCCUCUUCCAAAAACUAUUAGAGAUACACUGUACCAUGCUUUCAUUAUUUCUUUUGGGAUUGCGAAGUUCAACUACUCUUUGGCAGGAGAAAAGGAGUGGGAGAGAAUUGUUCUACAUGGAAUGGGCUGAUUUGUCUUGUAGUUUAGGUUUACACACUUCAUAGCUUUAGAUUGCAAGGUCUUAAAGAUUACAAAUCUGUAUUCUGAUUCAGAACAGCAAAACUAUAAUUUUGGUAAAUGUACAGAGGAUGCUAACACACAUGGGAUUUUAGCAUUCACUGACAGUUUGUCAAACAUGUUAUAGCAAAACAUUGGUUAAAUAUUAGCAUCAUUAGUAAUGAAGAUUUAUCUUUACUUAUAAAAGAUUAUAAAAAAGCAGUUUUUAAAACUAAUGUUUUGCACCCUCAGGUCUACGCUUCAGAUCUGAGUAAAGAAUCUGCCUUCCAGCUCAUUGCAAUGGAAAAUACAUCUGAAAACCAAGAGAUCCAGAUUAUUCCAGAGCAGUACCAGGUUCUUGAAAAGCUUGGAGAAGGGACCUUUGGUCAAGUUUUACUGGCUCAUGACAAGCUAGCAGGUACAUAGACAGUUUGAAUAUCCCCGAAACCUUUGUUGGCACAUGUGUUCAUCUAAUAACAUACAGUAUCUAGAAUAGUUGAUGGCUAUAACAACCUGUAAUUCAAGCAGAAAUUUCACUUUUUGCACAACAUGGUAGCCAACAAAAAGUUAGUUAUUUUGUCUUUUUAUUUACAUUGUAUAUCUUGCUGCACUGGCACAUCUAAAACAAUAGGCAAAUAAAAUUAAUUUCUAAGUGUCGCAUGCACGCACGAGGCACCUGGAAAUAAAUACUGGAGGACAAAGAGAACGGUCUUAAUAGUAUUAAACAUCCUCAUGCUACUCCUGACACAUUAAUGUUACUAUAGUUGAUUGUAUUCAUGAAAAUAGUUUUAACAACCGUCUUGAUAAUUUUUACCAGGUCGAUCAGUGGCGCUAAAACUGAUGAAGAAAGAGAAAACCCACCAAGAUGCCUUUGUCAAGGAAUUCAAGGUUGCGGUCUAUCUUUCUCAUCACAAGGGUAUCAUUACUACCUACCCCUACUUCUUUGAUAACCUGCACAACUACAUCUAUGUCCAGGAGGUGGCAACAGCAGGGACCCUUGAAGCCAUUAUUGUUGAGAAGGUAAGAAAAAUAAGCGAAACAAUUGCUUUGGAAUAACCUCCGUGGUAUUUUUAAACAGAUUAGUAACAACGCAUGGUCUUGUUAGAGUUUCUAUGCUAAUUUAGGCAUGGGCAACUUGAUACCCUAUUCCCCAUGUACUAUAACAAAAUCUGGCAGAGGAGAUUUGCUGGAAAUUUAUAUCACCAAGAACAAGAAGGCCACUGGUUACCAACACCUGUUCUAGCUGCAUCUUAGUUUGGUUAAAUAAUUAUCAAUGGGGAGCUUAGCCUUUGAAGCAACCGGUCGCAUGUGCCUGGAGCUCCGGGCCUCAAGCUGUAGAAAACACACUUUCUGACACAAUUAUCGCCUGCUAAGGGGACCUGGAAACCGCCACCAGUCCGUCCAAAGACCAUAGGGCGAAAAUCUAAAAAACCCAAGCCAGAUAGACCGAACAUGGGGCUAAAUAUCGGAGAAAUGUGGCAGCAAACGCAGGGCGCACACGGACCUAAAAUGGCUGCCCUCUCGGGAGGAUGCUUGGAUUUCUCAGAUGGGCUCUCCUUGGAUGAGGAAGAAGACUGCAUACCUGCCACCUCGAGGCCGAAGACAGGUCCAGCGACACCGGACAGCUGUCCUCUAGGAGCUCCUGGCAGACUUGAAACCACCCUCCAGGCAGAAAUAGCCACGAUCUGCGGAGGCUUGCAAGGCCUGAUGGGCCGCAUUGGAGCCCUUGAGGAGGCCACACAAACAGGCACACAGCGCAUGAACACGCUGCAACAGGAGAUUAGAGACCUACAAAAACAAAAUCAAUUGUACGACCGCCGUUUCGCGGCACAGGAAGAUGCCAGACGCCGGAACAAUAUUAAAAUCAGAGGGAUCAAGGAGGACAUACCUGAAGCUGAACUGACACAUUUACUAAAUAGAUUAUGGAGCGCCCUGCUGUAACCGCGUCAAGCUAAAGCUGUCAUGCUGGAUGGCAUCUUCCACAUCCCCACGCCGACCAAGGCACCAACUGAUGUCCCACGGGACCUGGUGGUACAAUUCCGGUCUGGGACUGAUAAAGAAGCAGUCCUCCAAGCCCUCAGGGGAACACCCCAAUUCCAAUUUUAAGGCAUGACGCUAUCCUUUUACCAGGACCUCUCGAACAGAACCCUGGCCUGGCGGAUUGCCACAAAAAUGUUUGAUUGUUUCUUUAACGGGUACCCGCUGUUGUGGCGCUACUAGCAUGCUUGUUAUAUCCUAAACACGAAAAAAAAGAAUUAAAAUAUAAAAUAAUUAUCAAUGUUCAGGUUGAGGUCAUUUAAAAUUUUAAUAACACAGCCAUCUCCAUAAAAAGUGCUAAUUACUUUGUCAACCCUUGCCUAAUAUUGAAAUAGCUGAAAUAUUCUGUUCAGCAGCAUAUAUCCUUGAGAACUGGAUGUAUGACAUACAUUGAUAAUUAAACAAGUAUGUAAAUCAUUGCUUACAACACAACCAAUAUUUGAGGAAUACUUUUGCUAGAGGAGAGUUAUCAGCUGAUUUAUUAAAAUGUUUUUGAAAAUAUUGGUAAAUGUGUUUAUUUUUCUCUACUGGAUAUUAUACUGAAAUAUGUUGUUUUUAUCUAAUCUUCUAGGUUGGGUUACCAGAAUACAUUGUGAAGCGUUGUGCUGCUCAGAUUUCCGAAGCAUUAUUUUUCAUUCAUAAUCAAGGGUUGGUGCACAGAGACCUGAAACCAGACAACAUCUUGCUUAUGGAUAAAGAAUGCCACAACAUCAAGAUCGGAGAUUUUGGUCUAACAGAACGUUUUGGUAGAUUCAUCCCAUCGAUGUCUCAUAUAAUACCAUACAUGGCACCUGAGCUUUCUAUUCUGGAACCUAACCAGUAUCUACACUUGGGUCCAAGUAUUGAUGUCUGGGCAUUUGGAGUCACCCUGUAUGUAGCUCUCACUGGCUGCUUUCCAUGGCUGGAAGCUGUAAACAGAGACCAUCAAUUCCAGAUAUUUGCAAGCUGGAAAACAUACGGCGAGAUAGACGCUCCCCCUGUUUCCUGGCAGAGUUUCACCAGGGAAGCACUGGUUAUGUUUUCCAGUUUACUUUCACUGGAUCCUUCCUUUAGAAUGUCUGGUG